GAAGCCAUGUUUCCCUGACAACAUGACGACAGAUCUGAGUCUGACCUCCCUCCUGAACGUGUCUGAUCUCCACAACGUGACGCGGGGAGGAUGUUCCUUGACCAGAACAGGCUUCCAGUUCUACUAUCUACCUACCGUGUACAUCCUGGUGUUCGUCACCGGCCUGGUGGGGAACAGUCUGGCCAUCUGGAUGUUUGUCUGCCACAUGAGACCCUGGAGCAGCAUCUCCGUGUACAUGUUUAACCUGGCCCUGGCCGACUUCUGCUACGUCCUCUCCUUGCCCUUCCUCAUCUUCUACUACUUUAAUAAGACCGACUGGAUAUUCGGGGACGUUCUCUGCCGACUGCAGAGGUUUAUAUUCCACGUCAAUCUGUACGGCAGCAUCCUGUUCCUGACCUGUAUCAGUGUCCACAGGUACACAGGAGUGGUCCACCCGCUCAAGUCUCUGGGAAGGCUCAAGAAGAAGAACGCCGUGCUCACCAGCACCCUGGUCUGGGUCGUGGUCAUAGCGAGUAUCUCUCCCAUCCUCUACUACUCUAGGACGGGGCAGAAACGGAACGCCACCACGUGCUACGACACGACCACGGAGGAUGAGCUGCCGGGUUACUUCAUCUACAGCAUGUGUUUGACCGUGUUCGGCUUCUGUAUCCCCUUCCUUCUCAUCCUGGGUUGCUAUGGGAUGAUCGUCAAGGCGCUGAUCUGUAACGACAUGAACAACGGCCCGUUACGGCGUAAGUCCAUCCACCUGGUGAUUAUCGUGCUGGCCGUGUUCGCUGUGUCCUACCUGCCCUUUCACGUGAUGAAGAACCUGAACAUGCGAGCCCGGCUGUACUUCCAGGUCCCGGACAUGUGUGCCUUCAAUAACUGCGUGUACGCCACUUACCAGGUGACGCGGGGGCUGGCCAGCCUCAACAGCUGUGUGGACCCGGUCCUCUACUUCCUGGCUGGGGACACGUUCAGGAGGAAGUUGUCCAGAGCUACUAAAAAACAAUCCAAGAAGGGGAAGCUCCCACUGCAGACCAAGAGUGAAGAGACGGCGCUCAACAGCCUGCCGGAGUAUGUCAAGAACGGGGAUGGGCAGCUUGAGAGAGGGUCAAAGUCCGGGUGGUCUCUCUGAACCUCUAUAGCAUGUCAAGAACGGGGAUGGGCAGCUUGAGAAGAGGGUCAAAGUCCGGGUGGUCUCUCUGAACCUCUAUAGCAUGUCAAGAACGGGGAUGGGCAGCUUGAGAAGAGGGUCAAAGUCCGGGUGGUCUCUCUGAACCUCUAUAGCAUGUCAAGAACGGGGAUGGGCAGCUUGAGAAGAGGGUCAAAGUCCGGGUGGUCUCUCUGAACCUCUAUAGGGAUUAUUUUGCUGUGAAUUGGUGCUGUGGACCUUGCAGACUGUGUGUGCACUGUGGAUAGAAUGAUCUGGGUGGGAAUCGGACAAAGCUGAUGGCAAUGGGGUGGUGUCUCUGUAAUGUCAUCACUACUGUAGGUAGGUACUGUAUAUUCUGAAGGUCAACUAGAUGCUCAUCCAUCCAUAACCAAACGGAAGGAGGAGGUAUAAUAGGUUGAGCUCCUGCAAACAAUGGUCUCUUGUUCCUCUAUCCAACCAACGCUGAUGUUUUGUAAUGGAGAGAGGGCUGUGCUAGCCACCCAGUGGAUGCAUCUGUAGCUCAGUUGGUAGAGCAUGGCCCUUGUAACGCCAGGGUAGUGGGUUUGAUCCCCGGGACCACCCAUACGUAGAAUGUAUGCACACAUGACUGUAAGUCGCUUUGGAUAAAAGCGUCUGCUACUGAGAUCCAUUACCUAGAGUUUGGACCUCAUGACUGCUCUGUGGAGGUUAACAUACAGCGACUAUAAUGCACUCUGCAUGUUUUAAUUCUCAGAGACAUCUACAAAUUAAAUUAACCCCAAAGCUGACUGCUAUUUCCUUCUCACUUGUUCUCUCUCCUCAUGUUUUGCCUCUGGAUCCAAAUUGAAAAGUUUUUUUUUUUUUUUUCAGUUGUGAUCCAAAUAUUUGCAUCGCUAAAAAUAAUUUCCAAAAUACAAUCUGGAAAACUAUUUUUAAUGCUAUAUUGAUUGUGUAAAAUGUAGCAAUUACUGUCUAUGACAAGGGAAACAACGUUCCCGCCUCGUUCAUUGUAUAUAAUGAAAAUUUUGCCCAGAUUCUUGAUGAAGAACUUGAGACUCACUGGCUUGAGACCACAGAAUUAUCCAAAAUAAUGGCUGCUAAUAGAUUUAUAUUGUGAUUUGAAGAAAACAAUUUCAGAGAUUAAAUUAUAUAUAAAAAAAUUUAAAAAGUAAUUCAUCAUAAUUUCUAUACACAUUUUACCUGGUUGGAGUCGUUUUUAAAUUAUAAUAUUAUAAUUAUAAUAUUUUUCAUCAUGAAACAAAUCAACAAUCAUGAAUCAAAAAAACAUCACACCAUCCAAAUUUGAGUCACGAUUCACCAGUUGAGAAUCGCUGUUCUAUGGCGUUACUCUGUGUGACAGCGACUUAGCUACAUUAACACCUGCGGUUUCUUUCUGUGGUUGUUCUGUUCCAAUACUGUCACUGUAUCUCUAUGGCGUGACCUGCGUCUGUCCUUGGUCUAUUUAUUCUACGUUAAUAUGAAGGGUCUAUAUACUAGUCUCAUGUGAAUAGGACACAGUACAGUAAUAUGCUGUAAUAUAUUUAAUGUGUUUAGUGGGAUUACUGUACAGAACAUGGUGUCAAGCCCAGUUAUGUCUUUCUUUUUUUUUUUUUUUUAAACAAGACUCAUCCAGACUGUUAAGUUAUGAUCCCAGUGUUAUUAUCGGGAGGCAACUUACUUACCAGUGACAAACCACGGCAGCCAUCUUCUGUGAAGUUUUGGAAUAGUUUGAUAUGCAUGCAGAGAAGAUGGCAGAUGACCGUAAGAAUUUGAAUGAGUAGAACAGACAUUCCCGUUUGGAAGCAACGGUACACGGAAACGGUGUAUAUAACGGUGUAUUCCCGUUUGGAAACGGUACACGGUGUGUGUGUGUGUGCAGAACGAGCGUCAGCUAUAUCAGGUGUCAUUUGGCGUUGUUUCAAUCAAAUUGGAUGAUGAUCACCUGUCCAGUGUUUUGUACACACACUAAUAAUGUAAAACAUCUGUCUUUAAGCCACCGUUCUUAGUAGUUCGGGGGAAAAUAGCUACUAGAACCCUGUAACUAUGUACAAUAUGUUAUUCUAGUUCUCCAUCGUCUUCCUAGUGGAGCCAUUUUUCUGGCUGUUCCUGAACUGGGCAUCAACUCUAGCAGCUCCGCAAAUGUUUAUAGUAGACAGUAUUAUUGUAUGUAGAUACAAUGUAAGUUAUACCCCCACCCCCCCGCCCAAACCCAUAUUAUCGGGAGAUAUGUAGACCUGAUGAGGAAGUGAAUAUGAUCAUAUAUACCUUCUAUAGAGAUCUGUGAGAUCUGCACAUUUGCUGCUCCGGUCAGGGGUUCUCAUGUUGUACAGCAUUUUGGGGGGUCAGUUAUGAAUGUGUGAAUAAAUGUUUUAUAUAAAAACUUGUAAAAAUGUUAUCAGAUGCAUUUUGUUUUUCAAUUAUUUAUUAUUUUUAACUCAUUGCCAUUCAGCUA